CAUUUUCGAAAUCUCCACCUUCACAUUGUCGUCGCGCUUGAGUUUUUGAAAUCUCCAACUGAAAUCACCGUUCUUGAAGUUGGGGAAGCCCUAUCCCACACCCAUUCUUGACGUGAUUCGAAAUUGGUCGUCACACUCGUUCGAAAUCACCAUUCAAAAUCGCCACCGAAGAUUAAUUCCAUCUGUUCACACUCAAUCUCCGUCUGCCAUCCACCGUGCUUCAAGUCGGGCUCCUUCAAAAAUGUCAUCCAUCGUCGCUUCUCUAUACAAAAACUCCAUCCUUCUUUAUUUAGAGAUUAGAAAUUAAUUCUCAUUCACGUAUGAAGAUAUCUUGAUUUGUGAUUUGAACCUUUUGUAUUUGUAUAGAAGCGACGUAUUGCUCAUGGUGCUUUGGGUUUUUUGGGUUAGAAAUUUGAACCUCACGCAUGAAGAGGUUAGAAAUUAAUUCCUCUUCCCUCUUCACGUAUAAAGUUGGGGAAAGUCCAUAUAUCACAUGGUGCUUUGGGUUCUCCUUACAAAUCCAAUGGAGUUGAUGAUUGAUAUGAGAAGAUACAGAUUGAUAGAAGGAGAUAUGGCUUAUAAGGGACCGUAUUUUCCCUACUGUCACACAGUAGAUGACCGUGAGGGAUACUCUAAACUCUGCACUUGAUGAAGAAAUGUCUGUUGAUCAAAAAAAAAAAAAAAUUAUGAGAGAAGAGGUCGGAGAAUAUCAGGAGACUUAUAAGAUAACCAAAAGGCUUUUGGAGAAAUAUGGUUCUGAGAGGGUUCUUGAUACCCCAAUCACAGAGGAGGUAAAAUGCAGAACAUUUGUUAACCAAGUCACUUAUUUCGGACUAAAAAAAAGGCUGCGAGAACCGGUGACUUAGAGCUUUUUCGCCGCGACUUGGAGCUUUCUCAAACUGUUAUUGGGAAGUUUUUGGAUAGUUUUUAGAUAAGUUAGUUAAUUUAGGAAGUUGAGUUGAACUAGGAUGUUGAGUUGAACUUAUGACAAUAUAAUGAGAUUGUUUAUAUUAUUUUUGCAAAUGAUAUGAAAUAUUCAUAUAUGUAUUGUUUUGGAAAUGAUUAUAUAUAAAUAUGGUGAAGCAUUUUAUUUAUAUAUGAUUAUUUUUCUAACGCUUUGCACUAUACUAAAAAGCCUUGAUCUUCUUCCCCCCAAUGUUUUCAUAAACUUCUUAAGACAGACCCUGACCUUGGUUAGGCUCGGAUCUCCUUGGAUU